GUUUCUUUAAAUGACACUUCACAUAUACAAGAUGUUUACGCAAUAUAUGGUACAACUGGAUAUCUAAAAAUAUUUGGAAAGCAGGGAUUUUUACUGAUUUCUAGAAGAUUGGUCCGGAGCUGAAAUCCGGGGUUAAGUCCGGAUCUGAGCAGUUAUUAGGUGGCGGUUUCCCCGGCGGAUUCCCCUGACCUAACCCGGGCCCAGCGAUGGGAAAAUUUGGGAGUAGAUCCAUUGCGUUCCGCCCAAAGGCAUCAUCAGCAAGAGAUUCUCCCACUAAAUAUUGGAAAGGGCCGUUUCGAUUCUUUGAUCUGCCUCCAGAACUUAGAGACCACAUCCUGAAGCUCAUUCUGCUCGACUGGGAUUCUACUAGCAAGGAUGCCGUCCGCCUCUUCCUUACGAAUAAACGAAUAUAUACGGAGGCCGCUUCGAUAUUUUACUAUGAAGUCCUACUCGAUAAUAUGCACCUGAAAGGAACCCCUGAUCCGUUCUUGGCCGGCUCACUCACUGCGGUAACCCCUCGACUUCACGUUCGAAAUCUGAUCAUCAGGUUCUUAAUGAAGGAGCAGAUGUAUCUGUUCGGCGAGGCGUACGGCACAGCCUUGCGAGAAAUGGCCUCGAUAGGAAAACUCCAGAGCCUACGACUUGAGAUCGGAAGUCGCUUUCCAUCCUCCGAGUUCUGGGGCUUCGAAGACGAACUGUUCGUCUACGAUGACGUUCGUAUUGUAGCCGAAAAGUGGAAGGGGAUGGUGAUAAAGGCGCCUCUAUUCGUCACGAAAGAGCCGUUCCAAAACUUCCUCAGGUUUCUUGAGGAGUCCAGGAUCCCCAAGAUCAGAGUAUUCGUCGAUGCCGAGGAUCACCCAAAAUUCUGGUGUAUGUUCCAUCGCCCUCACCCGUCAGGUAAAAAGUGUAAUGGCGAGUGGGGAGGUAACGCGAAGGUAUUAAUGAUCCAGUGGCCGAGCUUGGUCAGGGCUCUUAAAGGAGCCAAAGCUGUAGCAUCAGUACAGAAGGAUUGUUAAUGUUCGAUAACCACUAUAUCGAUCAGUCAAGAGGCGACUCUAUUUAUUCCAUAAUUACCAGGCACGGCGCAGGAAGUACCAUUGACUCGUGGUCACUAUAUUCGAUGGGGAUCUAAGUAACAUUAUGUUACCAAGACGGUUAUGAAGAAUGAGUAGAUGUCUUCACGCGAUUCGACAUACAUCAAAAUAGCGAUUAGAGUCCGACCUUAAAAUGGUAGACGAAGGCGCAUUUUUUGUGCAUCACGAAAAUUUGAGACUGGAUACUGGGAUCGUGAUUAUGUUGAACUAACUACAAGAACGUACAGCUUUACAUACUGAACAUGCUCUUUGUUCUGGAUGUCUCAUCUGGAAUCCUGAUGAAAAGGGUUGUAUUGGUGUGUCUACGUGGCGAUUAAUGAAUUCAUAUGACUAAACGUAUAAUUCAAAUAGAUAUAAUAAGAUUGACUCG